UUGCAAUGACGUUGGUUGCUCCUUGGUCCAUUGGUCUUUCCUUUCCGGUAACACUCCAAUCGAUGUUAUUCGUGUUCAACUGCUCAGCCUGUGUACAUGUAACGCUAAAAACGAUUUAUCAAAAGACAAAAUCCAGACAAAUACAUUACAGAUUUACGUUGGCAGUGGUCAUCAGCUGUUACAAUGGCAAACGUGUAUUCAUUCGAUGGUUUACUGGUGUUCGCCUUGCUGUUCAUCUGUACGUGUGCCUACCUGAAGAAAGUGCCUCGCGUAAAUGGUUGGCUCCUAUCGGAGAAGAGAGGAGUCUGGGGAGUGUUCUAUAAAGCCUCUGUGAUUGGCAACAGACUUCACCUGGCUGUGGCUCUAUCCUGUGUGACCAUGGCCUUCUAUGUCCUCUUUCUAAAGUGACCAAGUGAUAGUGUGGACUGUGUAAUCAACACAUCAGGACAGUCUGGUCCCUUAUAUAUUUUACUGUGAACGCAAACAGAGCUGUCGACACAGCACAAAUACAUUUAUGACCAGGCUGUCUGGGCAGUGGUGGUGAACUUGGACCAGUGCACAAUAUGGCGAGGGAACGUUUGUCUCUUCGGUGCGUUAACAUGUGUGCCACAUACUGCACUUUCCAAACAACUUAGGCAUUAUUUGAUGGACCGGUGAAAGAGGUCCCUAACACUGAAGGGGAGGGGUCAACAACUAGAGUGUGGUUGUGUUCCCUGGUUCAGACAGCGCAUGCAUCAACCAUUGGUUGUGUGCCACAUAGUCAAUGGUUUCCAUCACUGACAGACUGCUGUAUUGUAUGGAGUGGUUAGCUGAUCAAUACCCAAGCCUUGUAAGACCAGUGAAGUUUCUGCAUUGUCUGAACAAAGGAAUAUCUCCCAUGUCUAGUCUGUGCUCAAAAUUAUUUAGUUAAUUCCUCGGUUCCAUGCUGUACAUUCAAAUGGGUGAGGGGGUUUUAGAUGAUUUUUUUUUACUGGUAGUAAUAUAAUGGCUGUUGUAUUUAUAGCUGUUUAGUGUAGUGAAGAAUGAAGAAGACUUCAUAAUUUCAUGCAUCUAGUGCCUUUGGACAAGUGUAUUUGCAGAACCAAUAUAAAACAGCUGUUCAUUCAACAUGAAUCUUUCAUUUACUGAUGUGUGACACUAAUGAUCUGCCAAAAGUGACAUACAGCUUAAAGCAUUUUCUACUGCCAGUACUUCAUCCCUUUUACAGUACAUUGAUUCAUGGUUUAUGUUUUAAUAAGUGGGGUUUUCUAUGAUGUGUAUAAUAGAAGAUGAGACUGAAAAUACGUUGCCUUUGUAAAUUAAUAAAACGUCUUUUAUAAGA